AUGGGCAGGCGGCAGCGAUUGUUGGAACUCCUCGGUUCCAGAAAUCGUUCGUCCGAGCACCUUGCCACUUCAGCAAAAAGGCUUGAGCCGAACCGAGCCGUUGUAGUCCAAAAUGAAAACUCAGAUUCUUCCUACGAGUUCAGUGACCAGAAUUGUGGCCUGUGGGGCGAAGUUUUUCGGUAUCUUGCGGGAUCCCUUGAGCCACCGGAUCUGAGAGCUAUUGCCAAGGAGCUUCAACAAGAAAGCAAGGUAGCUUCUCGUGCAUAUUCACAAAGAGGAAAUGGCACGAAGGCAUCGGGAGAAUGGCAAAUCUGCCAGGAAAUACUCGAAAUCGCUCAGACCAGGAAAAUGGAAAUUGAGAAGAGGGAUCUCAAGUCGUCUACGCGUCGAUUCUGGCUCGCUUACAACGAGAUAAGUACCUGGGUCCAGAAGUUUGUCACCAUUGGAGACGUCUUAGCGAACAUAAAUCCUGUCCAUGUUGGAAUACCAUGGGCAGCGGUCAGGGCCACGCUCAUUGUGAGAAAGGUCCUACGCAGCUUCGUGUUGCCGGAUUUUUUUCAGAGACAAUUGAAAGAGAUCAGAGAGGCCGAGGGCGAAAUCAACAAGUAUGAGACAUUGAGCAUCAAAUCAGAUUACCUUGAAGGCAAGGACAGAGAGAAAAUCAACGACUGGAUAUCCAAGGUUGACGUGUAUUCUCACCAUCGAGCAAUAAGUGUUUUGCCUGGCACAGGGCUAUGGUUUCUUUCAAGACAAGAAUUUAGAGACUGGGAAUCAAGUGAUGAAUCCUCCUUACUAUGGUUACGGGGCAAUGCCGGUACCGGGAAGACUAGUCUUAUCUCCUGCGUUGUCGACAGAUUCCUAGCAAAGCCGAAUUUUGACGGCAAAGAGACUCUCUUGUACUUUUAUUGCUCAAGGACAUCAGGUGACCUAAGACAGCACGAUGAGAAAUCCAUCCUGCUCUCCAUUUUACGACAGCUUGCAGCACCAGUCAUUGGUCUUCCGAUCAAAAGACCAGUCGUAGCCAUUUACGAAAAGGAAAGAGCACGGGGCAGCCAGGAAGCGUGUUUCUCUAUCAGCGACAUCGUAGCAGUUAUGGAUGAUCUAAUACGGAACCAUUACGACAAUGUGACCCUAGUACUGGACGCGCUUGACGAAUGUAGUGCUGUUGAACGCUUACAUCUUCUGGAGACUCUGACAAAGUUGACGUUCAACUCGAUGACCGUGGUCAAAACUCUUGUAUCAAGUAGGAGCGAUCCUGAGAUUGAGGCUCAUUUUUCCAAAUCAUCCACUCUAUCAAUUACUGCGAGCGACAAUUCAGGCGACAUAGUCAAGUAUGUUCACGAGAAGCUGAGUGAACGACUACUAGGAGGAAGGGCUAGCCCUGCAAUACAGAAACACGUCGAAGAUACGCUCAUUGCGAAGGCUAAUGGGGUCUUUCGCUGGGCUGCCCUUCAGGUUGAGACUCUAUGCGACCCGGACCGUGUGUACAGCGAGAAGGACGUCAAAUACUUACUUCCAAUGCUUCCCCCGACACUUGAAGAUACAUAUGCUCAGGUUCUAGAGGAGAUUGGAAGCUUGCCACUACCGAGUCGGGAGGCUAUCACUCAGGUUCUGCAACUGCUCAUUUGUGCAGAGGGUUCAAUGAGUGUAAGGCAAAUUGUUGAGGGGCUGUACUUCCUGUCUUCACGGCAGGCGUCGUGGAAGCCUGAUGUGAUCCUGAAGAUGGGCCGAGGUCUGAUCAUCCGCGAACUCGAAAGGGAUCUGUUGGUGUUUUCGCAUCUCUCGGUCAGGGAAUACUUAGAGAAGAAGCCUCAAUUCAGAGGGGAGAAUGCUCACGCCGUCGCAGCUGAGGCAUGCUUAAAGACGUACUUGAUACCAAACGAACUGUCUUCUGACUCGUCCAUUGACAGGUUUCAUGCUUAUGCUUGUUCUUAUGUCGGCAGACAUUGCCAAAAAUCGGGGUCGAUGAGACAAAUGCCGCCACUCAAAGAUUUGAUGCGGGCGUUCCUCUGCGACGAUACAACCAAUGAAGCGUUCAAUAAAUGGAGACGAGAUAUUUCCAAGUUUUAUGGACCUGCAGAACUUGGUGAGAAACCGUCCACAUCAAACUUUUCAUUGUUCAUGAUCUGUCGUUAUGCUUUCAACGAAUUCAUCGAGUCAAAACUGGUCAGAGGAGGAUCGAUCUUCGACGCUAGAAAUUGGCAUGGCAAUACACCGCUCGAAGUUGCUGCAGCGAGCUCAAAUUUUGUUGCAAUGGACUUAUUGUACAAAGCAUCUCUUGCUCAGUAUCCAUCCUCCAUACGAGGUGGAAAAUGGCUUGAGUCUGCGGCAAAAAGCGACGACCUAGAUAUCUGGAACUAUGUUUGCAGUCGCGUCAGUGGUACACCAAUCGCUCUUGGGCUUCAUGCCGCAGCGCAGAACACGCAGCAUAGUUUUGAAAUGGUCAAGAGUCUCCUGGAAAAGUUCAGCCCAACGGAUGAAAACACACUGACCAAAGCCCUCGUUGUUGCUGCUUCGCUUGAGACUGUGGAUCUAAUCUUAGCGCAUUGUCCAACAAGUCUGAUGCCCCAUCAUUUGGUAGAGGCUUCGGUUCAGAAUCAAUUGCUUAAUCCACAGCUUACACAGAAAUUAUUAACCCACUUUCCAGAGUCUUCAGUUACUGAGGAUUGCUUUCUCUUGUCGGACUCAAGUAGGCGGACAGAAAUCCUCGAAGUACUCCUCAAGCAUCCUUUUCGGUGUGUAGUAUCCGAGGAGAUGGUUUGUGAGAUGACAAAGACACUUUAUUUUGGCAAGGACAUCAUGUGUCUUAGUCUCCUACUUCCACUUUGCCGAAUCAACAGUAUUUCAGAGGACUUGUUGGUAGCCGCAGCUUGCCAAGAAGUGUUACAGGGCGCUAUGAAGAAUCAUUACCAUCAACACCUAGGAGUGUUGUUGUCGAGAGCGGAUUGUCCUACCGUGCUGGAAGAAAGUUUCUAUAUCAUGGCCAACCAUAGGUCUCUCUAUAAUGUCGUACCCGCGCUGGAAGCCUGUGAAGAUAUUUACAUCACAGAUGCUCUGAUGCAGGCUUGCGCUAAAACCAUGAACGUUGAUGACGUAAAGUAUAUUAUAAGUCAACCUCGAGCAUUCUCACUCUCGGAAAGGGUGCUAUAUUCAGCCGUCGAGAACGAUCGAGGGUGUGGGACUGAAGUGUUCAAGUAUUUAGUCCACAAAACGUCUGGCUUUAAGCCUGAACCGUCUGAAAAUGCGCUCAUUCAAGCACAUUCCCGGCCAUUUACUGCUUACAAUAUGACGAAGAUUCUUGCUGAUCUUUGGAAGCGCCUUCCCGUCACAGAGAAGUCGAUGAUAGCAAUGGUCAAACAGAACCGUGACUUUGACGAUACUUUUCAACUCCUGCGUCAAUACUGCGAAUGCACGGAAGCAAGUCUGACUGACAGCAUUCUUCAUGCUGCUAUCGAGGCGAAUAAUGUAGAUUUUGUGGAAUACUUCGUUCGAGAAGUUCCACAUUUUGAGGUCCAAGAAGACCACCUCAGAACGUCGAUAGCCUCGUGGGGCCAAACAAGCAAUUAUUCAGUCCUGAAGAGGCUUUUGUCACUCCGUCGCAAGUUCCCAAUCUCUAGAUCUUUGAUAGAUGCCGCAAUUACCCAACGCGAUCAGUCGAUUCUUGACCUACUCUUGGCUCAGCCAGAUGUGCUAGAUCCUCCUUUAAUAUCAAGUGAACUUCUCGACGUCUCUUCGAAGCGGCAAGAGGAUGAAGAAGAAACCACUUUUGACACUAUUCUUUCCGCAGCAUCCAGAGAAAUUGUUGGAACUCGGAGAGUUCGCGCCUUGCUCUCGAAAUACCUGGGCCCGCCAAUAGACAGCAACCAUCUUGUUGAAGUUGCAGCAGAGCGCGAUGAUGGGAAGUUUUUGAUUCAAUACGUUCUAUCUUCCUUUCCCGAAACGCUGAUCACUCAACGUGCUUUGCUCGCUGCUGCCCGAAAUACGAAUGCUUUGCCCAGCCUUCUUUCUUUACUUCUAGAACAUUACAAAGAAGAUGUCAAUUCGGAAAUAAUCCAAGCUGCAGCUGGAAAUCAGUACCAUGGUACAUCUCUGGUUGAACUUCUGCUCGCAUGUGCUCCGAGCACUCUGGUCAUGGAGCGAGCUGUGUUCAUUGCUGCGAUGAAGAACAUUUACUGCGGCCGGUCUCUUUACAACCUUUUCCGGCAACGACAGCCAGCAUUUGUCAUCUCUCAAGACCUUGUUGAUGCAGCUUCCGAGAACGAAGUUCUCGGGAAGGUGUUGCUACAGAUGUUUCUCAAGCAUGCACUCGCUUCGAGCUUACUUGGACAGACUGAACUUGUCUUCAAUAAAUUGAAAGAUAUCCCGGACGGUAUCCGAGACUCUCUCUUCAUGGCUGUAUGCUACAAUGAGAACCAAAUCUUAAAUUUUUUGUUAUCGCGCGAUAUUCCGACCUCCACCGUUUCUGGAGAAUUAGGAACUGCACUGAACGUAGCCGUAUACACUGGAAAUACGUACGCCACUAAAAGGCUCUUGGAAAAGGGAAGUGAUCCUGAAUCGCUAAGUCAUCUUUACGGUACCCCACUGCAAACAGCUUGUCAAAAAAGGGACACAGGACUAGCGAGAAUUCUUGUAGAUUACGGCGUGGACGUCGAAAGACAGAUUGAAGGACUAAAUUCCCUACACAGAGCAUCAAAGAGCGGCGCCUUAGACAUUAUUGAAUUUCUCCUCUCUUCUGGUGCUUCGACUUCGACGAAGGAUUAUCAAGGCAUGAGCGCUUUACACCAUGCUGCCGGGUAUAAAGUGUCUAACCUUUGUGUGCGCCGAUUGCUAGAAGCUGGAGGGGCUGUCAAUGACGAAGACUCAUACCAAUGGACUCCUCUUCACUGGGCAGCGAAGUGUGGAGCAGCAGAAACAGUGAAACUACUUCUUGAAGCUGGUGCUUCGAGGACUAAGGAGGACAGAUCUGGCAGAACCCCCUUGCAAAUUGCAAUGUUUUGCGGCAACAUCCACCUAAGAGCAUUAUUGUUCUGCAUUGAGCUGAUCAAUCAGAAUCAACAGCCAACAAACGAAUUACCCACAGCUUGUUGUGAUGGCUGCGACUUGACUUUACGAGAAAGAAUGGCGAAUGGUAUUGAGAGAAUGGGCAGAAUGAUGUUGGCAGAUCAAAUUGAAUAA